GCUAAUGCACUUCAGAUGCGUUGUGAUUAAUUUCGGGAAAGUUCGAAAAUCGAGGGAGUGAAAUCUUUCACUAUCGCAAAAAUUCCUUAAGAUAAUUAUCAUUUGCCAUAUUUGGUUUGCUUACGCUUGGGUGUAACCAACAAGUAACCAUCCCAUAUUCUAAUGAACACAUUGUCAUUCACAAUUUAAUUUGCCUGAAGCCUCAAUCGGUGCGUUCCUUUACACGAAUUAGUAGAGCAACAACAAAAUGUCCAGCAAGGCCAAGACGAAGAAAUCGACCAAGAAGCGAGCUCAGAGAGCAACUUCUAAUGUAUUUGCAAUGUUCGAUCAGUCGCAAAUUCAAGAAUUCAAAGAAGCAUUUAACAUGAUCGAUCAAAACCGUGAUGGCUUUAUUGACGCGGCUGACCUGAAAGAUAUGUUUGCCUCUCUGGGCAAAGAAGUUACAGAUGAUUACGUGGAUGACAUGUUGAACGACGCCAACGGUGCCAUUAACUUUACCAUGUUUUUGACCCUCUUUGGAGAGAAACUUAACGGAACCGACCCUGAGGACGUCAUUAGGAAUGCAUUCGCGUGUUUUGACGAGGAGCAGUCUGGCCAGUUACAAGAGGAUAGAUUGGUCGAUUUGCUGCAAACUUUAGGCGAUAGGUAAAGUAAUCUUUGUUAAUAUAACUUACAAUAUUUUGCUCAGUUAUUGCCCAGCGUGAGUUUUAUAGCGCGAAUUGAGCUACCCUUUGUGUCGUGUAAAGAACUCUUCAAAUGUUUGAAACCUUUUCUUUGCGUGCACGUACUGUUAUUUGUAAUUAAUCGCAGUUGAUUUGUUUUCUCUUUUUGUAAGAAUCACCCACUGCUAGCGUUGAGAAUCAAUUCCACUCCUUUAAAAAUCCAGGCUUGGAGUUAGAAUUAAUAUUUUUCUUGGGAAUUUUCGAGAUUUGUGCAACAGAUGUGAUCAAUUGAUGAUUAGAAUGCUUGUCACAGACAUGAACAAUUAGCCUUGUUCACAACACCGUGAAAUCGAACUAUGGUUGUCUUUAUUGUACUGAAAUGUUCGUUUGUCAAAACUGUCAGAUGCUAUCUUGAACACUUUUUAGCUAUUGUAAUGUUCGUCUCUGUAAAAUUAUGUUUUUCGAAUAGAUUUGGUAUUUUUCUGGCCACUUUCAAAAUGUUUGUUUGUCCCAUCAAAUCUGAAUGCGUUAUCACAAAAUGUGAUCUUCCAAUCGAACACGAAUGUAAUUAACAUAUCUACAAUGAAACUUACAAUUUCGUUUAUCUAAAUCCCGUUAAGAGCUUCAUGAGCAUAUCUCUUCAAAACUCGAUUUGGCUGAUAAAAGUUUCAUGUUCUGUUGAACAUCAGUGCAAUCAAAGCGAGUGUUUUUAACACCCAAAUGCCUAACAUUCUUUUCGACAUUCUGCAAAUCGCGGUGUUUGUUUUCACAAUUAGUCAAGUUAUUGAAUUUUUCUUUCGUUCACAUAACAGGUUUUCCGAUGCAGAAAUCGAUGAAAUGUUGCAUGGGGCUCCAGUAGAUUCCAAAGGCAACUUCAAUUACGUGAAGUUCACAAGAAUAAUCAAGCAUGGGAAGGAUGAUGAUUGAGAAGUCACUGUGAAUAACUCGCGCAACGAGGAACUUUGUUUCCAAUUUUGUAUAUUUCACAUAUGGGGCCAUGUGUUUUCGGCCUUUCUUCACCUGCCAUUGUUGGGGUGUAGUCUCGCCAAGACUAUCUUCCCAUACAAAUGAUUAAUAAAAGCUCUCCUCAGUUACUUUGAUUUUCAUAGUAGGCAUUCCAUUAUAAUUACUUGCUGCACGUAUUUCUACACGUUAUCAGCAGGAGCUGAUAAUGUGGACAGGAAAUGUUAUUACUUCGUAAGUGACAUAGACGACUUUGCUGAUCCUUCAAAUUUCCCUCAUCUAUUGUUUGAGUUUUGUUUGUGUGUUGUUUUGAGGGAGGUGUCUUGGCCUUGAUAUGCUCGUCUAGUUAUCCCAACCGUGCCAACAUGAUCAAAGAGUAACCUGAGUACCAGGCCUUCCUACAAAAGGG